AUGAGCUUCUACAUGAUUCCUUGCGCCUGGUACACGGCUUGUAUGACGGGGAAUUUGAAAUUUCUAAAUGGGCAAAUGUUCAACGAUCUGGCUUGCGUUCUUGGAGUUUGCCAGGGUCCCGUGGCGGUGAUCUCCUCUAUCUUGCUCAGUGCUGGCUUUCCUGAGGCAACUUUCUGGGGAGAUAUGGAGGCAAAGAAGCCCGAGAAAACCUUUGAACAUCAAAAAUUUUUGCCCAAACUUCCGGUGCCUGAUCUUGAUGCGACUUUGGACAAAUAUUUGAAAUCAGCCUUUGUCGAACUCUCCGCUGAUGAGCAAAAAGAGACCAAACGAGUGGUUGAAGAGUUCAGAAAGAGUCCGAUCGCUCAACAAUUACAGCAAGCACUCCAACAACGAGCGAAACAAGAAGAUAGCUGGCUAGACGAAUGGUGGUAUGAUGCGUAUGGUGAGAUUCGAGAGCCCCUCGUUCCCUAUCUUUCGCUGGCAAGUCUGCAGGCUCGAGCUCCGAGAGCUCCUGGCUCUCAAAUCUCUCGAGCCGCUGAUGGAGUCUAUCACUUAAUGGUUAUCUGGCAGAGACAUCGAAGACAAACCUAUCCAGUGAUGAGGAGUCGAGGCGUCGUUUGGGACAUGCAGCAAAACUAUGUCCUCUUCAACGCCAGUAGGGUGCCUCAGAAGCCAAAAGAUCAAAUGAUGAGAUAUUUCAAGACAGAAGAUGAAGGCGAUUGUCCUUCAAAUUUGAUCGUUUUGUGUCGAGGGAACAUUUGGUCGUUCGAAGCGUUAAGGGAUAGGGAACUCAAAUCGCCCGAUGAAUUUUAUAAAAUCUUUGAGCACAUAAAAAAGCACUCGUUCACGAGGAAACACUCUGUCGCCACAUUGACAACCGAGCAUCGAGACAAGUGGACAGAUAUGAGAGAACACCUGCAAAAGUUGUCCGCAAAGAAUCCAGAGCUUUUGAAGAGAAUCGAGUCGGCUUGCUUUGUCGUAUCGCUGACAGAUGAUGAGAUUUUGGAUGAAAAUGAGUUGUUGAUUUAUUCAAUGAUUGGCCGCCCCGAGAAUCAAUGGGCUGACAAGAAUAUGAAUAUCGGAGUGAUGCUGGAUGGACAAAUCACUACACAAGCCGAUCACUCAAACGCCGAUGCUAUUGUAAUUCUGGAUGCUGGGAACACUUCGGGGAAAUUUAUUCGACAUCAUAUUUGGACUCCUCAAAAUCACCACUUUGAGAAGCCGGAACUCCUCGAAUUCGAUUUAGACGAAACUCUUAAAGCAGCGAUUGAAGAAGCCGAGAAGAAUUUUUACAAAAAUAAAGCUCUCGUCGGUUGUCGAGUACUUCGUUACAAUGGAUAUGGCAAUGAAAAGUUGAAAAAGAUGAAGCUCUACAUGGACACUAUUGUACAAUUGGCUAUGCAAAUCGCUUAUGCAAAAGUACAUGGAAGUUGGUGUCCCAUCUAUGAAACGGCGAGCACGCGGAAAUUCUACUUGGCAAGAACGGAGACGGUGAGAAGUCGCACAAAGGAAGCAGUUCUGUUCGGAAAAGCGGUCAUCAACAAUGCACCGCUGGAAGAACAGCGCAGACUCUUCAAGGACGCCUACAUUGCGCACAAUGAGCUGAUGGCUGAAGCAAUCGAGGGAUUGGGCUGUGAUCGUCACUUGUACGGUCUUCGAAAAACCCUCGAAGUGAUGAAUCGAGGUGGAUGCAAUCCGAAGAGAGCGCUGCCACAAAUAUUCAAAGACAAAGCAUGGAAACACUCGGGAGGAGACGGCAAUUUUAAAUUGUCCACCAGUUUCAUCGGCUAUGACAAAUUUGGCACCUAUGGCUACGUGUGUGCAAUGUGCCCGGAUGGAUACGGGAGCUUCUACAAGAUUCAUGAUGAUGGAAUGCUGUUGACUGCCACGAAUUACAAAGGAUUCCAAACGGAUCUCGAUGAAUAUACAAAGAAUAUCGCUUGGGCAAUGGAUCGAAUCGGGGAUGUGAUAGGGAUAAAUCAGGCGAAAUUA